AUGGAGACUCGGGCUGGCGCCUGCCUAGGCUUGCGCUUACCUUUGGGGAUCUGGGUGGUGAUCGCCGCCUCUACCCUGCAGAAUACCGGGGCGGAAAUAAGUUGCGCAUCCUGUCCGACGCCGCUCCAACUUCACCUGGAGGAACUGCGGCUGGAUGCACGCGCUGCUCCGUCUCCGGAGCCCGACGCCGUGAAGACUAUCCGAGUACGGUCCCAGCAACUUGUGGUGGUCACCGACCAAAGCGCCGUAAGCGACGGUGAGCAGAGAGGCGCUUCUGCGGGGGAUGUUCCCACGCAUGUGCCGCUAGACGCCAGUUUGGAUGGAGUGAGCGCGAAGGCACACAGCCCGUGGUCCAGUUCCCGUGAAGAAACGCACCCAGGCUAUCGUACCCAGGGGGAGCCCGAGACGACGGAGGACGCUGCGCUCCGGAGAGCGAAGAGGAGCGGCUCCCACUUUCCCGAGUUCAGCCAAAGAGGCUGGACCGGCAGUGCCGGACUGGACGCAGACGCUCCGGAGGAACGAGGCAACCCCGGACCGUUGACUGACGGACAGAGGCCGGAUCGGUCAGAAUUCCGAUGGAGCAGGGACGAGGGGAGAGGAAAUAACCGGCAAGAGGAGCUGAAGCUCACCAGCAGCACUUUCUCGCUGACUGGGGACUCCGCGCACAACCACGCGGUUGUCUACUGGUCCGGGCAGAACAGCAGCGUGAUCCUGAUUUUGACCAAGCUGUAUGAUUUCCAUAUUGGCAGUGUGACUGAGAGCACUCUCUGGAGAUCGACUGACUAUGGAUCCACAUAUGAGAGAAUGAACGACAAAGUAGGAUCCAAGACUGUCCUGAGUUACCUGUACGUUUGCCCAACCAACAAGAGAAAGAUUAUGGUGUUAACUGACCCGGAGUUUGAGAGCAGCGUACUCAUAAGCUCUGACGAGGGCGCAAGUUAUCAGAAGUACCGUCUCAACUUCUACAUCCUGAGCCUUCUGUUCCAUCCCGCUGAGGAGGACUGGGCCUUGGCCUACAGCCACGACCAGAAGUUGUAUUGCUCGAUGGACUUUGGAAGAAAAUGGCUGCUUGUUCAUGAGCACGUAACCCCAAACAGGUUCUACUGGUCUGUCUCCAACCUGGACAAGGAGCCGGACCUCAUCCACAUGGAGGCUCACACGCCCGGUGGAAAUGUGCAGUAUGUCACAUGCAGAGCCCAGAUGUGUACAGAAGCCAAUAGGAACCAGCCGUUCCCCGGGUACAUCGACAUCAACUCCCUGGUUGUCCAAGACGACUACAUGUUUAUCCAGGUUCCCACAUCAGGACGUGCCAGCUAUUACGUGUCCUACAGAAGAGGCCCAUUCAUACAGAUCAAACUACCUAAGUACUCUCUACCCAAGGAUUUACACAUUGUCAGCACCGACCAGAAGCAGGUGUUUGCUGCGGUGCAAGAGUGGAACCAGAACGACACCUACAAUCUCUACCUGUCGGACACUCGGGGAAUCUACUUCACCCUCGCUAUGGAGAACGUCAAGACCACCAGGGGCAUCGGAGGGAAUCAAAUGUUGGAUCUUUACGAGGUGGCUGGCAUUAAAGGUAUGCUGAUUGCUAACAAACGGCAGGACAGCCAGGUGAAGACCUACAUCACCUACAACAAGGGCCGAGACUGGCGGUUGCUGCAGGCUCCUGCCGCGGACCUGGACGGGAAUGACAUCCACUGCAUCCUGCCUUUCUGUUCACUUCACCUCCAACUGCAGAUGUCAGAGAACCCCUACCUGUCGGGAACAAUCUCCACCAAGAGCUCAGCACCAGGGAUCCUAGUCGCCACAGGCAAUAUCGGCGCGGAAUUGUCCUACAACAACGUCGGCAUGUUCAUAUCGUCUGACGCCGGCAAUAGCUGGAGACAGAUUUUUGAAGAGGAGCACAACGUGUGGUUCCUGGACAAAGGAGGGGCCCUCAUCGCAGUGAAACAGCCCUCUGCGCCAACCAGACACUUGUGGGUCAGUUUUGAUGAGGGGAGGCAGUGGACCCAACACAGCUUCUCUCUGGUGCCUCUGUUUGUGGACGGCACCUUGGUGGAGGCUGGGGCCGAAAACCAGAUCAUGACCUUUUUUGGACAUUUUAGCCACCGUUCUGAAUGGCAGCUAAUCAAGGUAGACUACAAGUCUAUCUUCAGCAGGAAAUGCACCGAGGAAGACUAUCAAACUUGGCACUUGCACAAUCAGGGUGAGCCGUGUGUGAUGGGACAAAAGCAGAUCUACAUGAAACGAAGGCCUGGAAACUAUUGUAUGCUGGGAAAAGACUACUCCAGGAUCCUCUCAGCUGAGUCUUGUAUCUGCCGAGCCCAUGACUUUGAAUGUGAUUAUGGGUACGAGCGGCGCGGGGACGGGAACUGCCGGCCAGCCUUCUGGUUCAAUCCAUCCACCAUCUCCAGCAGCUGCAGCCAGGGGCAAAACUACUUCAACAGCACAGGGUACCGCAAAGUGGUAUCGAACAACUGCACCAAAGGCGUGAAAGAGAUCUACGCGGCCAGAAAACAACAGUGUCCCAACAGACCUCCGAAAGGACUUGCCCUGACUAGUAGAAAUGGCAAGCUCAUCGCCAACCUGGGCACCAACGUCUCCUUCCUGGUGAAUCUGGAUGAGGGGGACUCUCUGCGGACCAACAUCCAGAUCGACUUUGGCGAUGGCACGGCUGUGUCCUACUCCAACCUGAGCUGGACGGAAGAGGGAAUCAGGCAUGUCUACAAGUCUGCCGGAAUAUUCCGCGUCACAGCUCUGGCAGAGAACACACUGGGCUUUGACACCGCAGCGCUGUAUUUACACGUUACAUGUCUGGUUGAGCAUGUCCAGCUGCUGGCCCCCUUUGUGGUAAUAAGGAACAAGGAGGUGAACAUCACAGCGGUGGUUUGGCCCAGCCAUUCACGCACUGUUACCUACUUCUGGUGGCUGGACAACAGCACAGAGCCAGUGAUCACACUGGAGGGGAGCAUUUCUUACACUUUCACCACUGAAGGGAUGCACACCGUCACAGUCCAAGUGGCUUCUGCCAACACCAUACUCCAAGACUCAAAGAGCAUAGCAGUCCAAGAGGUCUUCAAAUCGCUACUUUUAUCCUUCUCCCCUAAUCUGGAUGAGUUCAACCCCGACAUACCCGAGUGGAGACUGGAUGUGGGGAGCGUGAUUAAGAAGGCUCUGCUUCAAGUGUCUGACUUCCCGGAGGAGCGGCUAUUAGUUGCCGUGCUCCCCGGCGUUCCCACUUCUGCCGAGCUUUUCCUGUUGCCUCACAAGAACCAAUCAGAAGGCAAGAAACAUCGCGAGGAGGAGCUGGACAGAGUAUCGGAAAUAAUUGUAAAUGCCCUAAACCAAAACUUGGUGGAGUUUGAGCUCAAGCCUAGUGCAAGGGUGAUUGUGUACAUCACACAGUUAACAUUAGCACCUCUGGUGGACUCCAGCCCGAGACACAGCAGCUCGGCGAUGCUGAUGCUGCUGUCAGUGGUGUUCCUAGGCUUGGCUGUAUUUCUCAUCUACAAAUUUAAGAGAAAAAUCCCCUGGAUUAACAUCUAUGCGGAGGUGAACCAGGGGAAAGAGCAGGAAAUGAUUGGCUCGGUGGGUCAAGGAGACACUCCGCCUAAAAUAACCCUGAGCGAGUUCUCCACACCCAAAGAACUUCUGGAGAAGGAGCUGGACGCCAGGGUCAGACGUGGAGUUGGAAACGCUGGCGAGAGCUCCAGGGAGAUCCCCAACUGUACUAGUGUGUGAUAUCCUGUCAUGUAAUGUAAUGUAAGGUAAUGUAAUGUAACGCUGGGGACCGCCACAGGCUGUGUAC